AUGACAAGUGACGCGGAGCAAGCGCGAACCGCGCAAGAGUUCUCGCAGAAAGAGAGAAAAAAACUGAGCCGAAGCUUCACGUUCGCGAAAUUCCUGGAUGAGAAGAUGGAAGCAGCUUUCAGAGAUGAUCUGGAUAGCAACACCUGGCUUGAAGAACACCUCUGUCUGUGGGGAAUAGUUGUCUCAAUCUGCGACAUCAUCGUCAAGGCCUACAUCAUCCAUCUGAUAGUCGAGUAUGAUGCGAAGCUGAGCAGUGCGAAUCAACCAAUUCAAACAAAACAUCUGUGGAACCAAGAGGUGAGCACGGCUGCUAUCCGUCUGAGUUGUUCUCCGUUCGCCUCGAACACGAUCUUGUCGAUGUGUUGCAUCCUCCUCCUCGGUCUCACCAACAUCCAAACAUCGACGAGAUUUCAUGGCAUCAGGUGGCUGUUGAGGUGCAAGAAUACCUUGUUUGCUAUCUGGACAAUCUUUGCAGAGAACUCUCACAGGGUCGGAUCGAGUCAUGAGAAGUACCUGCAGAUCUAUGUUCUCCUGCAGAUCUUGUUCGGACAUGUUGUCUUCCGAGAGUUCUGGGAGCAUGAAACCUGGAUUCUCCUCCUGAUCUGGGGAAAACUCAUCAACUACCUCCGGAAUGUCUACAUGACUCUGCACGUCUUUCACAUGGAUUCGGCAACUUUCCUGAAGACCAUCAAUCUGAUGGAGGAGAACGUUGGAGUUGUGUGGAAGACUGGGCUGUCACUGUUCUCCAUCGCCGUGCUGCCGCGAGUGUAUACCACGUUAAGGAGGAACUGGCUGCUGAGGGUGAAGGGGCCGGAGAGCAACCUGAAUCAGGAGAGCAUCAUUCCAACAGUCUCUGCGACUGUGAGCGAGGAGCUCAUCCGAGGGAACGAUGGAUACUUCGACAACGAUGAAGUCAAGUCGCUCGUGCUUCUCGUGAGUGCCUGGACAGCCCAGCAGGAUUGUUUAAUUUUCUUUGAAGUCGCUGGCAAGAAAUCAAACAUCAAGACCUGGAGGAAAUCGGACGUCAUGAUUGGGAGCGGAACAUACGGUUGCGUCUACAAGGGCUACGACAAGAAGACCAAGGAAGAGUUCGCGAUCAAGACAACGUACCUUCAGGCAACUCCUCCACAUGCCUCUCACCUGAUUCAGCUCGAGCACGAGCUACAAACUCUCCAGCGCCUGUCGCAUCCCAACAUCGUCAAGUACAAAGGAGCGAACAUCAUACAAGAUCAGCUCUACAUUGUCAUGGAAUAUUGUCAAGCUGGAAGCGACAGUCUCUCAUCCCUCCUGGACGUCGCCGGCAAGCUGGAAGAGCAAGUGAUCCGAGCCUUCACAAGAGAUCUCACCGAGGGAUUAUCCUACCUCCACAGACAUGGGAUGAUGCAUCGGGAUGUCAAGAGUGGAAAUUGUCUAAUAUCACGAGAAGGAAUUAUGAAAUUGGCAGACUUCGGAGCGUCGCUGAAUAUCAAAGACACCUACCGUGGUGACCUCCAAGGAACUCCCGGGUACAUCGCGCCGGAGCUGCUGAGAGAAAAAGAGCUUCACCGUCAGAGUGAUGUGUGGGGUCUCGGGUGA